CUUCCUCUAUGCACUGGUAAUAGCGAACGAGACAAAACUAUUUAAACCCACGUUGUCCACCCUGAAUAUUCCAAGCCAGAGACGUGUGUAUACACAAGCAACCGACUAUAAAGACGCUAGCAACAAUGGUUAACUUUAACAUCUCUUCAAAGGAGGCUCAAACGCUCGAGGAGGAAUACUCUGCUCAUAACUAUCACCCAUUGCCAGUGGUGUUCCACAAGGCUCAGGGUGCACACGUUUGGGACCCAGAAGGCAAAGAGUACUUGGAUUUCCUCUCUGCUUACUCCGCUGUCAACCAAGGUCACUGCCAUCCAAAGAUCAUUGGCGCUUUGAUCGAGCAAGCCCAGACUUUGACUUUGUCUUCAAGAGCAUUUUCCUCUGACGUGUUUGGAGUCUUUGCCAAAUACAUCACCGAAUUCUUCAACUAUGAAAUGGUUUUGCCAAUGAACACCGGUGCAGAGGCUGUUGAAACUGGUCUCAAACUCGCUAGAAGAUGGGGUUACGUGAAAAAGGGCAUUCCAGCCGAUGAGGCUAUCAUCCUUGCUGCUGAGAAUAACUUCCACGGAAGAACACUCGGUGUCAUUUCAAUGUCCACUGAUCCAGAUGCCACCACCAAGUUUGGUCCAUUCUUGAAGAAUGUCGGUCCAAGCAUUCCAGGUGCCGAGGGUAAGGUGUUGCGUUACGGUCACAUUGAAGACAUUGAGCUCGCUUUGAACAACGCUGGUGACAAAGUUGCCGCCAUCUUGUUGGAACCAAUCCAAGGUGAGGCUGGUAUCGUUGUUCCCCCAGCAGAUUACUUGACAAAGGUUUCAGAGUUGUGUAAGAAGCACAAUGUCUUGUUGAUCUGUGAUGAAAUUCAAACUGGUAUUGCCAGAACCGGUAAGCUGUUGUGCUACGAACACUCACCAAAUGUCAAGCCAGAUAUCGUUCUCUUGGGUAAGGCCAUCUCCGGUGGUGUCUUGCCUGUCUCCGCUGUGCUCUCCUCCAAGGAGAUCAUGCUCACCUUGGAGCCAGGUUCUCACGGCUCCACCUACGGUGGUAACCCAUUGUCCUCUCGUGUUGCCAUCGCUGCUCUUGAGGUUGUGAGAGAGGAGAACCUCGUUGAGAGAUCUGCCGAAUUGGGUGAGUUCUUGAAGCAAGAGUUGCUGAAGCUACAGCAAGAGUCCAACGGCAUCAUCUCCGAGGUGCGCGGUAAAGGUCUGUUGUCUGCCAUCGUCAUCGACUCCUCAAAGGCCAAUGGCAGAAGCGCUUGGGACUUGUGUCUCCUCAUGAAGGACCAAGGUGUCUUGGCCAAACCAACACACGAUCACAUCAUCAGAUUGGCCCCACCAUUAGUGAUCUCCAAGGAGGACUUGUUGAAGGGUGUCGAUGCCAUCAGAAAGUCUUUGAAGCUGUUGCCAACCGUCGAGAAGACUGAACAUUAAGUAUUGAAGUUGUCUGUAUAUAGUUGCUGAUUCAAUUACAAAGUGUGAAGAAUGCAGUAGGUAAAAAAAUGUGUGUAUUCUUGGUUAUUUUAAUAUUCUCUUCCUCGAUGUACGUUUGCGAAGUUUGAAGCAGAUUUUAGCGUUCUGCCGUUGCAUUGGCGGCGUAAGUUGACGUUGCGCGCUUGCCGCUUGAUCUGGAUCAACGGGAUUAACCACACCACCCGGCAUUGCACUGUGGUACGUAAGCACUUUUGAUGGGUUCACUCCAGCACUUGAGCUAUGAGGAAUACGUGGAUGGAAUGAGCAUUUUCAUCCGUGUUGGGCAAUGAUAUCCGUCUUGUUGUCGUGGAGUCCAAAGCUCCAGUUUGAAGCGAUCUUCCGAGCAUGAGAAGGUAUGGAUGUGUAGUCGCAGCCCACGAGGAAGGGUGCGUAGUCAUCGCAUGAAUUGAUCGAAACAGCCAGAGCUGGUGGAUUGUCUCCUAUGACAUACCUCUUU